AUGCCCGAAGUCAGACGAGGAAGUCGGAGCCUCGAUUGGCACGCUCGGCCUCUGCAAACAGUAGCAUCAUCAUCCGGCCACGACCAUGCCUCCCCAGAAGCAAGCGAGCCGCCGGCAAACGACGCGGCUCCCCACGACACGACCACAGGCUGUGCCACCGGCUCGUCCGGCUCCCACAUCCACAACCCCAACACCACCACCGUCUCACCACCAGUCCCGGACCCGUCGUUGCAAUCCCCUCGGCGGAGCGUCUCCGGCCGGAAGAUGCCCUCAUCUCCGCCCACGCACGACCCCCCCCGCCGCAGCCUCUCCUACGCGCUCCGCCCGCCGGCUCCGGCGUACUACGACUCCCGAGCUGCCACGCGCACCGAGUACGCGCGCCGCGGACGGACUCUCCAGGAAUACUACGACGCCAACCCGCUCCUGCUGCCCCAGCUUCCAUUCACCUGGCACCACGGCCGCCGCCGCUGGCGCCUCUUCCUCUUCGGGUUCCUCGUCUUCGUCGACGCGUCCGUCGUCCCCAUCGCGCUGUACUACGCCCUACACUACGCGGGCCACGUCGAGGGCUGGAUCAUCUUUGCCGUCGUCACGACCAUCUGGGGCGGGCCCACGUACCUCGAGUUCGCCGUGCGGACCUUGCGGCUCAUGAAGGAGGAGAGGUUCUACAGGCCCCUGGGCACGGAGUCGCGCUGGUGCUUCGACAUGCUGACGUGGACGUCGGUCGUGACCAUGACGGCCGUCACGGCGCUCUUCGUCGUCGGGAGCGCCCCGCACGUCGUGUGGCUGAGGGUGCUGUGCAUGCCUGCGCCGGCUAUACUGUAUUGCUUGGGGGGGGUUACGGCGCUGUUGAUGCUUUGGCACGGAAUGGGGUGGGGGGCGCCGUUUAGGAUCAGUUCCACGGCCAAGGGGGGCAAGGUCCUCCCCGCGGCCUACUACUUCAUGGAGGACGUCAUUGCCGUCAAUGUCAAGGCCGGACGGCCGUACCGCGAGGCGCUGGCUGCGCGGUUCAAGGCGUCCCGGCGGUUCCGGAGGAUGCUGUACGUGCAGAGCAUGUUUUGGUGCGUCCCUGCGCUCGUGCUGGCCGCCGCCCUGACGGUGGUGGCGGUCGUCCAUGAUGUCCCUGCCACGGCAGCGUACGGGAUAUGCUGGGCCGUGCCGUUUAUCUGGUGCGCCGUGUGGGUAAGCAUCUCGGUGUGGUGGUGCAAGCGGGACAUGGUGCGGGAGAGGAUCGAGUGGGAGCAGAGCUGUGGCACCGGCACCGGCACCGGCACCGGCACGGUUGAGAAGCAGACGCCGCAGGGGACCGAGUCGGACUGCGGGUCGGGGCUUGUUGUGGGAAGGCCUGCCGAUGCGGCUGCCCGAUAG